ACCAGCUGAGUGCCCUGGUAGCUCAGCUGGUAGAGCACUCGCCUAGACUACAGAGUGUCGUGGGUUUGAAUCCCACUUAGGGCAGCUCUUCUUGAUAUAAAGAGCCGUCCUGGGUUUAGUUGACUUGUUUGUUGUGCCUUUGCCUUUCUACCCCAUAGUUCACAUGAAUGAUUUCGACAUAACAAUAUCACAUCUUAGUGGUUAUCUUGUGUGUGAUGAAGUCAUAGUGUGUCACUACACUCACGCAGAAUGGAGACUCUGCACUGAUGUUGGCUGUCAGGUGGGGUAGGACCAGAGUGAUUUCACUGCUAAUAGAGGCUGGAGCAAACAUUGACCUUCAGAAUGAGGAUGGAGACUCAGCUGUGAUAGUGGCUACCACAAUCUAUAAUCUGUCAGUCCCUGAAGGAGCUGGUCAGAGCUGGAGCUGACCUCAACCGGCAGAACCAGGAGGGGUUGACCGCCCUGAUUAUCUCCUCAAGAUCUGGUAGAACUGAUAUCACAGAGAUACUACUGUCAGGAGACAACAUCGCUCUUGAUAUUCAAACUACCAAUGGAUGGUCAGCUCUUUUCUUUGCCGUCGAUGAAGGAGAUGCAGCAACAACAGAAUUGCUACUCAAGACAGGGGCUAACCCACAUCUCAGAGAUUAUAAUGGACUCACAGCCCUGGAUAUCGCAGCCGGUUUUCCUUCACUGCUACGAGUUUAUCGGUGUUGGCGAUAGUCACAGGGCUGUGCGUCGACUACUGAGAAGCUACAUGAGGAAACCCUCCAAAUUAGGAGCUUUGGCAGCGGAAUCAUCACAGGAUCCUCCCCAACCAGAUCAGUCAUCUCAGAAACCUCCCCAAAUAGCUCAAUCAUCUCAGGAGCCUCCUCGUUCAGCACAACCAUCUCAGGAGCCUCAACAAUCAGCGGACUCAUCUCAGGAGCCUCCCAAAUCAACACAAUCAUCUCAGGAGCCUCCCCAAUCAGUGGACUCAUCUCAAGAGCCUCCUCAAUCAGUGGACUCAUCUCAAGAGCCUCCCCAAUCAGUGGACUCAUCUCAGGAGCCUCCCCAAUCAACAGACUCUCAUGAAUCAGCAGUCACUAGACUCUCUCAGAGCCUACUAAAACUGGUGAAGAGUGCCAGACAAGCAGCAAAGCAGGCAUUCGAUCGUCUGGAGUCCAGAGUCCUGAGACCUGAUAAAGGUGAAGAUUGAGGGAGUGGAGUCAGGGGUCAGAGGUCAGGAGGGAGAAGAGAGAGUCAAGCGAAAGUCAAGACCACACCUACCACUAGAACAGAGUCCUCAUGAUGAAUAUUGGACCAGUCUUGCUCCACAUGACUAACAUUGUCAACCACACAUGACAUCAACAUACGUCUCAUAAUUUUAUGCAAUAAUGUUGAUGCUGAUUUUCGGUUUUCAUUCCUUUAGCUAGUUUACCAUCGG